CGGGCGGCGGGCGCAGAGGCGGCGGCGGCGGGGUGGUCAGGCGACGGCGAUGCGGCGGCCGCGCUGAGCCCGCCCGCUCCUGGCGCUGGGGGAACCGGCCGCGCGGACGGCAGCAUGCGGGGCGGCGAGGAGCUGGACGGCUUCGAGGGCGAGGCCUCGAGCACCUCCAUGAUCUCGGGCGCCAGCAGCCCGUACCAGCCCACCACCGAACCGGUGAGCCAGCGCCGCGGGCUGGCCGGCCUGCGCUGCGACCCCGACUACCUGCGCGGCGCGCUCGGCCGCCUCAAGGUCGCCCAAGUGAUUUUGGCCCUGAUUGCAUUCAUCUGCAUUGAGACCAUCAUGGAGUGUUCCCCGUGCGAAGGCCUCUACUUUUUUGAGUUCGUAAGCUGCAGUGCAUUUGUGGUGACUGGGGUCUUGCUGAUUCUCUUCAGUCUCAACCUUCAUAUGAGGAUCCCCCAGAUCAACUGGAAUCUGACAGAUUUGGUCAACACUGGACUCAGCACUUUCUUUUUCUUUAUUGCCUCAAUUGUACUGGCUGCUUUAAACCACAAAACCGGAGCGGAAAUUGCUGCCGUGAUAUUUGGCUUCUUGGCAACAGCAGCCUAUGCAGUGAGCACAUUCCUGGCCGUGCAGAAAUGGAGAGUCAGCCUCCGCCAGCAGAGCACUAACGACUACAUCCGAGCUCGCACUGAAUCCAGAGAUGUGGACAGUCGCCCUGAGAUCCAGCGCCUGGACACAUGAGAACCUUCUGGAGUCCUUUUCCCACUGCCCUCACAACUAUUCUUCUAAUCAAGUUUUCUUUCUCUCAGCACGUCAGAUUUUUGUGUGAUCCAGUUGAAUUUUGUCCUGUUUGGUAAAAAUUCUCUUUGGGAAAGGGUGCCUAGAAUGGCCCAGUGACUGAUCUGUGGUGGCCUGAAGAGCCCAGGUCCUCCAGCAUUGGGUGCCUGUGGGAGCAGCCAGCUUCAUUUGACUGCUCUAGGUCUUAACUGUCUCAGAACACACGGUCUCAUCUGACUCUGAGCCACCCUGUCAUGUGUAUUUGUGAUGAGUCAAAACUUUAUGAAAUGGCAUUGAGAAGGGUAUUCCAUGUCACAAGAUAGAGGCACAGGGCUGGAACAGCCAGUGAGGUUCUUGGACAGCCCCCUGGUGAGCCGUGAGUGGGUGUUGAGUCUGGCUGGUUAGAUCCACUCUCCUUGUCUUCCAUGCCCAGGGCAUCUAGGCAGCCAGCCACGGCCUGGGUGAGACUUUGAGGGCUUGGUGAAUGGAUGUGCUCCUGUGUCCUCCUUGCCAGGUCUUUAUAAUACAGGGACAGGAAAUUCUAGUGUCCUGUGGGACCACUGACUCAGAACAGUGACCAGUUGUCUCCUACCCUGCUGAGAAAGCACUUGAUCCUGCCUCAAAUGAGUCCCCUUCCUGUGGUCUGUAUUCACUUCCCGGGACAGGGGCCAUCAUCUUUGCCUGUCCCCUGCCUCCCUUCCAUACCUUGAGGCUGGAUUGCAGUUUCAGCACUUUUACCUUCUCAUGUGAGAGCUGCAGAAGAUACACUUCUAACACCAGCUGAGGCCCUUGCCCACUUGCUGGCCUCACGGAUCACAUGUGUGUAUGUGGAGGCUGGCAGAGUAUGUAUAUGUGUGUGUGUGUGUGUGUGUGUGUGUGUGUGUGUUACAAAGUGGCACACUCCAACUCACAUUUCCAUUGUAUGGACAUGUCUAAUUCUCUGAAUAUCCAAGACAAGCUCUAAAGUGAUUCAGAGUCAGUUUAUCUAGGAUUUGAAAAUACUUGAAUCUGCACCAGGACACAUCUUUUCACAGAUAUGCCACGAGGCACUGUUGUCAUUUUGGGUGUCUGAGUGUCCUCACUAUGAACACCAGUCCUGGAACAUGUUAGGAAUCCUAGUUACAUCCGGCUUUUGGAUUGGUUCUUGAUAAACUGAAGAUUAUUUUUGUGGUGAACGAGUUGAGCUGGCCCCUAUGAUGCUGUAAUUUUGUUGUUGCUGUUGUUGUUGUUGUUGUUGUUAUUAGAGACUAAUUAUGACUUUUUGGAAAAUUGUUUUAACAUGUCAGGUUCUCACUCUGAACUGUUGAUGUUUACAGACCUUGUUGUAGCUCUAAUAUUUUGUGUGUAGCCUCACCAAGGAGAAGACAUGGCUGGCGGGAAGAUAUUGCAAUAGUAGAGAGCCUCCACUAUCUCCUACUGAGACUGCUCACAGCCUGAGCAGUGUCCUUUGUAGUUUAUAACCCAGAAGGGGGUGGCAAGGCUGGGGAGAGGAAAGUCUGAGGAGGUGCCCCUGUGUGCCAUGGCUCUGCAUCGUUCAGGGAAGAGCAGUGUUAUAUGGUUGAAUAGCAAAAGGGGCUACUGUCAGAUACCACUGCAGGGCUCAGGAGUCCACAGGAAAUAGGAUCAGGCUAUAUCUGAUUGAGGGAGUACUAGGGACUGGCUCCCUAAACCCAACAUCCAGUGUAAUCCAGUUCUGCUGUCCUUUUAUAUUGGCAGUAGUCCAGAUCACAUGUUCAAAGGAGAGCUAAGCUAAUCUGGUGUAACUCCCCUCCCUGCUUCUCUUCUCCUCCAGAGGGCAGCCUGGGUUGGGCCUUGCCCAGCUCCUGAUAGAGAUUUCUGUCCUUGGAUGUCAUGAGUCAGUCAGUACACCUUGUGUUUUACCAGCUUUGAACCUGUUGUAUGUGAUGAUGUGGGAGAGCGGAUGGCAUCUGGAUUUUUAUCUGUUAGUUUGACAUGGUUAUUUUGCAUUUGUUGAGUGUGUCUACACAAUCAAAAUCGGGCUUCUUUCCCUGCAAGAAUUCCCUUUAAAAUAGAGUCACAAAGACUUUGCCUGCAUCAGAUGGGGCCCACUUGGAAGGACCACCCUGAGCUUUAUCAUGUUACUGGGCCUCGGGAAAAGGACACCUUUGAAGUGAGCCAGAAGAAAGAAGCAUUCAGACUGGAUUGCUGCUCAUUUCCCAAGUCACUCAAUAAAACCAUUUUAUCAUGUGCUGAAAGGAGGCCUUCUGAGAGUGUUGUCAGCUGAAAGAAAGAAUCCUGAGGCCCACUGAGACCGUGAAUACUGAGAUAAGAUAAAAGUGGUGGUGUCUUAGGGCCUGAAAGACUUGAGAGUUAGUUGCAUCUUGGUGUCAGAAUUAUUAUCUUUGUGAUUAUUUAUAUCCCAGUAACUAUUUAAUAUCCUUUGUGCUAUGAAGCGUCCCUGUGGCUUUUGUAUAUGUAUUUCCUUGUACUAUUUAACUAGCUCCCACAGAGCCAGAAGUGGCUUGUACACAUUCUAACAGCAUGAUGCACAGUCCCAGUCUAUACAACCAGCGUGAUGAGGAAAAGCCAUGAAGGGAAUAUGGUUGCCUACAGUGAAUGCAAAGACACUUGGAUUUUUCCUGUCGUGCCUCUGUGCAAACAGAAGAUAAUAUAGAUUUGGGGUUUUUAAAUAACCUCUGCAAAUUGAAAAAAAAGCAUAUUUUUGUGUUUAUUAAGUCUACUACAGACCAGUGUCACUUAGGUUUUGGGCAUUUUAAGUCAACCUUAGCUUUUUCCAUUUCCCUAGGGAAUGAACUGGCUUUCCCAGUUGGAGCAAAACUUGAAGGGAAAUGCAGUUGUUGGGAACACCUGGGGUGGUCAUGGAGCCAUGGGGUUGAAGCCCUCCCUUGUUGGUAGUUUUGAUGGAUGUAAACACUGACAUCCUCAGAGAAAGUGUAUUUUGGCGCUGUCUGUUGACUUGAGUGUCAUCCACCACUACUCUCCUCUACCCUCCCUGCCAAAGGCACAGAGGGUAAGCCCUUUUUCCUUUGAAUGGAGAGACAAGGAAACAUAAAGAUACUUAUUGGCUCCUAGAAAGGGCGACCACGGUGAUGGAAUGAAUUCUCUUCAGAGAAGUUCCAUUUAAAGUAGAGAGCCAUGCAGGGCAGAUUGCUUUUGUCUACAGAAAAAGCAAGAAUUCAGUAAGCUGCCCACACCCAGUGCCCACAUCUUUCUUAGCAAUAUGCUAAAAUACCAGAGUGGGCAGACCUGGGUACAGGGAAACCAGCAAGAACCAGCCAUGGUCUUUGUGCAGCGAGCACUUGGCCUUGGGGUCUUUUUAUAGGCCCCUGGCUGGAAGGCUCACACCCAUGGGCCUGGUAUACCUGGCUUCCACCCUGUGCUGGAUACUUGAGGGGAGUUUCAUAGCUCAGCUGAAAACAUUUCUUCUCUUUUCAAAUUUCUUCUAUUUUCUUUCAAGUUUUUCUAGUGGUUCGGGCAUUCUUCAAUGAAAUGAAGGUCUAACUCUUGUCCCUACAUGUAUGUGAAUUCUUGCUUGCCUUGAAGGAGUCUUGGCUAGCUCUGUGCGUGACACAAAUUGUACUAUUUGGAGGAAACCCUUUGCCUAUCUAUGAGGUGGCCUGAGAUUCAUCCCUGCCCCUGUCACAUUCUCUGUGGGUCAGUCUUAGGAGCAUGGAGACUUUGUAUCUAAUGACCAUGUAGGCGGUUCCUACUCGGCCAUCUGUGUUCAGAACACACAUGGUUAGUGUGCUCCUGCCUGACUGCCUUUUUCUCAAGAUGUCAUCUACAUAGCAAUAGUGACAUUAAGCAUGUAGCAGAAGGGAUGGGGUAUGCACUUCCUGGUUAGAGAAUUGUUCACUGUUCUCAAGCAGGAACAAAAAAGCUGCUUCAAGUGGGAAGUCUCCAGGUACCUUUUCGUUCCUCGUAAAGUUGCACAGUAUGGGUUUCUCUCAAUGUCUGGUUUUAUCAGCACUUGCCCCCAUAAGGGCCAGCUAGGCAGGGAGUUUGGUAGCAGCAGGAGGAGGCUGCAGCGGGAGCAAUAUAGAUGGUACUUGAUGUGUUCAGAACCCCUGCUGCCCUGGAAGCAUUCCCUCAACUUCCUCCUCUUCAGAAGAGGGAGGUCUUGUGCACCCUGAAUGGACUUGAGGUCAAGAGCUGGAUGUUGUUGGAGACCACCAUCCCUCAGUGCUGACAUCUAGUCUGGGUCUGAGCAUUCCAGGCAGGAUGCAGACCUAACAGGUCUGUUUUCUUGGCUUUGUUAGUCCCAACUCCUUAGUCUGUUGUUUCUCUCUUCUUAGCAGACAUCUUUAAAAGAAAUCAGACCUGUCUGGUUGAGAAAGUAAUUUGAAAUAUUUGACCUGUCUAUGUUUAUUUAGCUAUUAUCUCUGAAAGAAAAUACCAUCAAUGUUAGAUCUAGAAUUUUCUUCUAAAAGGGAAUGUUCUCUUGGAUUUCAUAAUAGUCAAUAUAGCAUCGGAUGUAAGUUCUCAGGCUUUGGGAAUUUUUUUUCCCUUUCUAGUUUCUCCUAUUCAAAAAAAAAAAAAACCUAAGAGGAAAGGGGAUAUGUGGGUUGCGGGGGCACAAGUCCAUUGAGCUCAAAAUACUAGCCUUUUGCCUAGAAUCAAAUUUAGAUUAUAGGUCCUUGAACAGUGUAUUUGUGCCAUUUAUGUACCUUGUUGCCCUUUGUAUUCUGAUACUUUUAAUUCAGGUGAGCCUUUGGUUAAGGGUUGAUGCCAUUUGGACUGUGGCGAGUUAGUGGAACUUGUUUGGUUAUAGUUAUGGUAAGAAUGUGUCUGGAACCCUUCAGUCAGCUUUGUUAAUGGGGUAUAGGGCAGGGCCGAGAGGUUUGUGUGUUUGUCUUUCAUAAUUGUUUCUGAAAAGAGAGAUAGAUGCUAAUACCCCAGCAGGAAUUACCUCGCCCCCUCCCUUUGGGUCAGAAAAGCUGCCCAAGGGAUGGCUGAGAGAGAAGACAGUGGGGGAGGACUGGUGCCCACUCCAGCCCAGGGCGGGCCAGGCCUGACUGACUGGUGCCCACUCCAGCCCAGGGCGGGCCAGGCCUGACUGACUGGUGCCCACUCCAGCCCAGGGCGGGCCAGGCCUGACUGACUGGUGCCCACUCCAGCCCAGGGCGGGCCAGGCCUGACUGACUGGUGCCCACUCCAGCCCACGGCGGGCCAGGCCUGACUGACUGGUGCCCACUCCAGCCCACGGCGGGCCAGGCCUGACUGACUGGUGCCCACUCCAGCCCACGGCGGGCCAGGCCUGACUGACGCCACUUCCUUCCACUCACCUGCUCUGCUUCCCUGUUUUUUCAGAACUGUUCAGCAAGUUUCACAACUCUGUUCCCUUUUUCGUGGCAGUGAAGAGGACAACCAUUCAGGGGUUAAAUUGGCUAGGUCAAGGGCUAGAGAGAGCAAGAGCAGGGACAUGCUGUGGCCCCGGGCUACUUGUUCCCAACUCUCAUUCCUAACCCAUUUAAAAAUUAAUUCAAAUCAUGAUGAAAUUAACCCAUUUGCCUAAAAUCACUGCUUUUUAAUAACUUGAUUUUGUUUGACAUGGUUCCGUCUGGAAGAGUGUUAGGGAGUGUGGUGGUAUUGUGUUCCCCAAAAUAUUGUGUACCCUAAUAAACUUAUCUGGGGUGAGAGAACAGAAAAGCUACUAGAUACUUAGGCUAGAAAAUGGUGGCACUCUCGCCUUUAAUCCCAGGGAGUGAUGGCAGAAACAGAAAGCUAUAUAAGGCGUGAGGACCAGAAACUAGAAGCAUUUGGCUGGUUAAGCUUUUAGGCUUUGAGCAGCACAGUUCAGCUGAGAGGCAUCCAGUCUGAGGAAACAGGAAUCACCUGAGGAAUUGGCAAGGCGAGGUGGCUGUUUUUAAACAAUAUCCCAUUUGCUUGUUACAAAAAGGCGUAAUAAGUCCUCAGGCAUCCCAUCAGAAACACCUGCUCAUCCUGUUACUUAAGGAAUGCUUUGUAGAGCAACAGUGAAUGGCUUGUCGGGUUCUGCAGCAGGCGCGGGGCCAGUACGGUGGGCGUCAGCGUGGCCCAGAUAGCGCCGGUGGUGGCCGCUGGCGUCAGAGGCAGACUGGGGGUCGCCGCAGCCACGCCAUUUGCCAGCCCGCGGGGGUCCCAGGCGCAGGCAGCUCGCCCCUGCCGUGUCCCCCCCUCCCUCCCGCCAUGUUAUUGGGGUGAAUGCUGGAAGAUCAGAGAAGCAGAACAAGCCACAGCUACCUCACUUCGUGAGUUCCUCAGCUGAUCCUGUUUCCUUAGACUGGAAGCCUCUGAGUCCUCAUCCAGAAUGAAUAUCAGCUGAACUGUGCUGCUCAAAGGCCUAAAAGCUUAACCAGCCAAAUGCAAAUGCUUCUAGUUUCUGGUCUUCACGCCUUAUAUAUCUUUCUGCUUCUGCCAUCACUUCCUGGGAUUAAAGGUGUGUGUCACCAUGCCUGGCUGUUUCCAUGUGGCCUUGAACUCACAGAGAUCUAGAGGGAUUUCUGCCUCUGGAAUGCUAGGAUUAAAGGCGUGAGUGCCACCAUUUUCUAGCCUAAGUAUCUAGUGGCUUUUCUGUUCUCUGACCCCAGAUAAGUUUAUUAGGGUACACAGUAUUUUGGGGAACACAAUACCACCACAUUUCCCCCUUUUUUUGUCUAAAAUUUAAAAAGCUUAUAACUAAUACAAGAAAAACUAUCUAAUAAGUAUAUUACUGGAAAUAGGUAAAAAGUAAGGCAUCAAGGAACUACAUCCAGAUGUAGUGAGUUACGUGUCUCAUGCCACACAGCAAAGGCUGCAGAAUCUUGUAGAAAAAAUAUCUGAAACAGCUCAGCAGAAAAACUUCUCUUAAAAGGAUGACGACAGAUACGAGCAAGCGAGUAAUGUCCGGGCUCAGCUCAAAUUCUUUGAACAGCUUGAUCAGAUUGAAAAGCAGAGGAAAGAUGAGCAGGAGAGGGAGAUCUUGAUGCGGGCAGCAAAGUCUCGGUCCAGACAAGAAGACCCAGAGCAAUUAAGGUCGAAGCAGAAGGCAAAAGAGAUGCAGCAGCAGGAGCUGGCACAGAUGCAACAGCGAGAUGCCAACCUCCAGCAUUGGCGGCGAUCGGGCCCAGGAAAAAGAGGAAAGUGGACUGGGUCGGGAUCGGGAGCAGAAGGCUCAGGCCCAGGCGCAGCGGUCCCAGGCGGCUCCGGCGUGGGAACCCCCAGACAGUUCACGCGGCAAAGAAUCGUGCAGGUCAACCUCAGGGACCUCAUUUUGUUUAGAAAAUGAGUAUGAGACAAGCCAUUCACUGUUGCUCUAACAAAGCAUUCCUUAAGUAACAGGAUGAACCGGUGUUUCUGAUGGGAUGCCUGCGGACUUUUUUAUAUAUUUGCAGAUUACACCUUUUUGUAACAAGCAAACGGGAUAUUGUUUAAAAACAGCCACUUCUGUGUAGCUUUGGAAUCUGUAUUUUAACUCAUUCUAUAGCCCAGGCUGGCCUAGAACUCAGAGAGAUCCGCCUGCCUCUGCCCCCCAAGUGCUGGGAUUAAAGGCGUGUGCCACUCCUGUCCAGCUUGGUAAGACUUCAAUAAUCAGAAAUAUAAUUCAUGAGUAAGGCUUGCUGGACCACAGCACUAGAGAGCUGGAGAGAAGGAUGAAGAGUUUAGGCUAGCUAGGCUUCAUGACAUGUCCCAAAACAAAGGGCAGCAGGGGUAUUUCUCUGUGAAGCUCCUCACUCAGCUCUUCUUGUUUUUCCUUAAUAAAUCUGUACAGUCUGCUCAAAAACAAAACAACAAUAAUAAUGCCAGGUGGUAGUGGCAUAUGCCUUUAAUCCCAGCACUCGGGAGGCAGAGCCAGGCGGAUCUCUGUGAGUUCGAGGCCAGCCUGGGCUACCAAGUGAGUUCCAGAAAAGGCGCAAAGCUGCACAGGGAAACCCUGUCUCGAAAAACCAAAUAAAUAAAUAAAUAAUAAGUAAAUAAAAAUAAUAACAGCCACCUUACCUUGCCAAUUCCUCAGGUGAUCCUGUUUCCUCAGACUGGAUGCCUCUCAGCUGAACUGUGCUGCUCAAAACCUAAAAGCUUAACCAGCCAAUGCAUGCUUCUAGUUUCUGGUCCUCACGCCUUAUAUACCUUUCUGUUUCUGCCAUCGCUUCCUGGGAUUAAAGGCGUGAGUCACCAUGCCUGGCACUUUCCAAUGUGGCCUUGAACUCACAGAGAUCUAGAGGGAUUUCUGCCUCUGGAAUGCUAGGAUUAAAGGCGUGAGUGCCACCAUUUUCUAGCCUCUGUAUCUAGUGGCUGUCUUGUUCUCUGACCCCAGAUAAGUUUAUUAGGGUGCACAAUAUUUUAGGGAACACAAUACCACCACAAGGGAGUGAAGCUGUCUGGGUAUGUUGAAGUUUAUAGGAGUUUAGGAACCCAUGGCAGAAACACUAAGCUAUUUAUUACAGUUUGUGUGUGUUUUUUUUUUUUAAAGUAGGCAAUUCUGCCUUUGUAUAUUUUAUGAUAAAUAAUCACUUCACCUUUGGUGCCUUCCAUGUGUCACAUAAGCACUCUUGUCAAUCAUGGAAUGGGGGGGGGUAUACAUUUAGUUAAAACAGAUAACACUAUUUUUGUAGCAUGAUUGUGUCCUUUCAAUAUUGCUUUCCACAAUAUUGGUCUUGAAAUUUGGGCCAUUUUCCUCUUAAACUUCCUAUGUAUUUUUCAAAGUCAAACACCCUCUAGCCACUCCCACCCCUUGCACUGUGUUCUGGUUGGAGUGAGAGGCAGAGGACGUUUCUAGAAAAAGUCAUGUCCCUGUAAUUCUAUUUGACAUCACUCAACUAUUGGUUAGGACUGGGGGAGCUGCUGCUCACCAACAGUAAGAAGAAAGUGGUCUCAUUUCUUCACGUUCUGUCUGUGCCCCUGCCUUCCUGCUCACUGAGUCUGACAGGAAGAGCUUGCAUUUGGCUCCUUACCCUCCUACCCUAGCCAGUCUCCAACUGUUCUCUGGCUGUCUCCUAGGAUAGGCAAAGUGCCACUGCUUCCCAGCAGCACCUCAGCCUUGCUCUGGGACUGCCCCAUUUGGAUUCCAGGUAGGGUUGUAGAUGCCCCUGGUGGGUAGCCUGCAUUAUGGGUAGCUGGAAUGCAGUAGAUCCCCUGCUGUGGCGGGGCUGGAUAAAGCCAGGGCACAGGGUGGCCCAGCCACUCAUUCUGCUUUCCUGGCCCUGCACUUUGGAGUUGUCUGGUACGGAUUCUCUGAGACAUUAACUUGUAGCUCUUUGUCUUUGUCUUCUUGAAAAGUCAAAACAUGUAAUUCUGUGGGGAAAAAAGAAGUCAUCAGGUGGCCGAACGACAGCUUUCUGCCAGGACGGGCCACAACACUUCGUUUAAUUAAUGGCACAAUGUUCAUAGUUACCACGUUUUGUUUCUGUAGUCUGGUAGUCUUGGCUGGCCUUUAACUUGUAGCAAUCGUCCUGCCCCUUUCUCCUAAAUGCUGGAAUACAGGAGUGUGCUGCCAUGCCCGGCUAAAGUUUUCCUUUUUAGCAGUUUAUAGACAUGGCUGUGGGCAUUCCAAGGUGAAGGCUGUUGAAUGCACUGAUUUGUGUGGUUUGCAGUAGUGAUCUUUGCCUCCUGGCUCAUCUGACAUGGCUACCAUGGCUAGGCCUCCCUCACUCCAGGUCUGACCCCUGUGCUUGAAAUAAGGGGUGUGGGAGCCCUGUGGCAUUUGCUCCCAUUGAUUUGCCCCAGAUGGCAGACAAGGCCUCACACUGCCCUCAGCCUCCCCACUUUCUCCUUUGAAGGACCAACUUUUCAUGGUACUUGUCUUGAUCGUUUUCAUAGUGUUCAAAUCUGUAUUUUUGUAUGUAGAGGGAAAUAAUUUUCUCAACACUAAUCACUAAUGAAUACUGUAUUGUUAUGAAGGAGUUCUUGUUUAAUAAAUGGACAUAUAAAAAUG